CUAAACGAAAAAGCUUCCCAAAACAGAUUUACAAAAACCCUCGUGUUGAUAUAUGAAAAGGUCCAGGUUCGAGUCGCUUUAAGAAAUUCCCUCAUGUGGAAACUGUUUGCAAUCUGCAUAUUCAAAAGACCCAUUCUUUCUUGACGGCUAUUUUUUUAUAGUUUCCAACUGGAAUUCAAAGCCUGGAUGGCGAUAAACAAUUUCCUUAUCAUUUCUGGUGUUUAACUUGCAUUACACGAGUUUUUUGAGGCGUCGACAAUGGAAGCUAUAAUAACUUCUCCCGAUUUCCCUGCAUUCCACACUUCAAUCCUCUUUCAGUAUUAGCAUUCCUUUUAGCAGACUUAAAUGGCGGAAUUCCAAGAUUUCAUCCCAAUUAUGGCGGAGAAAUUGGGCGGACCCGGUUUAAUGGCGGAGCUCUGUAAUGGGUUUCGGCUACUGGCGGAUCCCGAUUUGGGUUUGAUUACCGCAGAGAGUAUGAGGAAAAAUUCAGCCAUUUUAGGGGUGGAAUCUCUUACAGAUUCGGAAUUACAGGCGAUGGUGCAGGAGGGAGAUUUAGACGGCGAUGGAGCCCUGAAUGAGCACGAAUUUUGCGUUCUGAUGAUUCGGCUCAGCCCUUCUUUCAUGGCGGAGGCUGAAAAUUGGCUGCACAAAGCCCUCGCCGAGGAAUUGGAAGAAAUCCUCAAAUAGUUGUAAACAUUGAAAAUCAAGAUCGAAGAAAUGAAAAUCAAGAUCGAAGAAAUGUUUAUUUGCGCAUUUCUUGUAAAGAUUAUAUCCAUUUUUAAUCAACACAAGGUUUACUGUGUAAAAUGUUUAACAGUCACUUAUCAUGAUGUGAAAUAUGUUCAGCACUGCUUCCUUCGCAGGGCAGUAUUGCAAA